GACUAUUACAUUAACACAACGCUGCUGCUUAGUAGUGUGACCAAGUUUCCGCAAAUUUCAUUGGUGCAAACAACGUGCUACUUUGACUUCAAGCGUUUUAAAUAUAGGCCAAAAUGAGCGGCAAUGUAAAGAAGGAGUUAAUCCUUUGUGACUAUUGUCAGAUCGGAAAAGACAGCAAUCAGAUUUAUACGACCAGGAAACAAUUUGCUGGCUGCAAAAUCGUUGACAUUUUGCAAAAUGUCACCCAGCGUAUCAUACCGGUCACAACACCAAUUAAGUUAUGCAGUCUGUGUGCUUCCACAUUGCAUGCCACAACAGGCGCUAUCGCAAGAGCUAUUGAAAUGGUUUCAAAAUUGUUGCCAGCUUCCAAGAAGCAGGUACAAAUUGAGACUGUUCUAAUACCUGAUGAGGAGGCCGACGAUGAGCCGACAAAGUCAAAGUCAAUCCGCUUGUCAACUGUUGAUGUACAAAGUCCCAAAGUACCGGCUAAGCAAACUGAGGUAGCCACACCAAACAAAUCCAUUAAGAAAAUCAUAAAAGAAGCAAACAGCACGCCCACUGGCGUUCAACAGAGUCCAAAGAAGCUGCCCGCCAAGGCAAAGCAACCACAGACAAGCACACCAAUAGCAGUCCCACCGUCAACUCCUAAGAAACAACAAGAUGUCGAGAUGAGCCUACAGAAUGCCGUUAAGGUAACAGCAGCCAAAGAAGCGCCUAAAAAGAACAACGAAUUCAAUCAGUUGUUCGGCUCACACACUGAUACUGUGUCAGAUUCUGAAGAUGAAGAUGAAGAUGAGGAAGAUGGUACUGCAAUUGGCAACGAGAAGGCAGAAGCUAAGAACAUAGCCAUGGGCUUCGAGUGCAAGCUGUGUGACUUCAAGUCCACCUAUCCAAACCCAAUGAAGAAACAUUUAAAGGAAUUGCAUGGUCAGAAGCGUCCACGCAUUUACAAUUGCUUAAAAUGUACGAAAUGCUUUGGUGUGUUGAAGUCCCUUAAGGGACAUCUGUUGACACAUGGUAUUACUGAGCAGAGUGAUGAGAAACAAACAGUUGCUGAUCCACAGCUGGCAGUGUUAACUGCCCUGAAGCCAAAGCAAAAACCAAUUGUUAAUAGCGAAGAUACCGUUGACCUCACGAACACAAAUUCACCCAUACUAAAGCCCGCCGGGGUGCAGGGUCAGCCAGAUCAACAGUCUACCAAGUUUCAGUGCGAGAUGUGCCAACUUGAUUUGAAUACCGUUAAGUCUUUACAGGAUCACCUAAAGACUGUGCACAACAUCGAACGUCCCAAGGCAUUCAAAUGUGAUGCGUGCGAAUCUCAUUUCAUGUACAAGACAACAAUGGAUCGCCACUAUAGGGUAAAACAUAUGGCUGAUGAUGGCACAGAGACGGCCAAAAAACAAGCAGCGCCGGUUAAGAUUAAACUUAGACGUAAGACGAUUGCAGUCGAAAGUAACGUGAUUGCAAAGGAAAUCAACAUGGAAGAUAGCACCACACAGACCAGUUUUCCAAUAAAAAUUACAGCCAGGCGCAAGACUAUCACGUCGGAGGUGAAUAAAGCGAAUGAGUCACCUAUCAAGAUAAGCAAGCAAUCGCCAAUUAAAAAUCCGAAGCAAGUGUCAGCAAAUGGCGAGAAAGUCAUUACAGAAGCUAUCGAUGGAGCCAUUGAGGGAGUCAUUGACGAACUUAUGGAGGAUCUUCCAACGCCGAACCAGAGCAAACCAAAGGUGGUCAAGUUUGGUGAUAGUGCAACUGUUGCAGACACGCCAAAGAAGCUAAAGAAACCAACACAAGUACUCAAAGAAUCUUUUGAGUCGCUUUUGGAGUCGCCAAGCAAGAAUAAAUCAAAAUCAAAAGGCGAGCAAAUCCUAGUCACGCCUACCAAACAAAGCAGCAAGGCCAUAGAUGAGCUAGAGUUGAUUUCGCCCAUACAAAAUGACAAAUCACAGAAUAAUAUAGAUUUGCAGGAGUCACUGAUCAGCAAAAAGAGUAAGGCCAAAAAUGAGAUAGAUACGCUGGAUUCAUCACAAACUAUAGAGAACGGCACGCCCAGUAAAAAGAUAAAAACCCAAAAGGACACUUUAAACUUAUCACAGACCAUUUCCAUAAAUGGAUCAGCUAAGAAAUCGAGCAAGCGCAAGCUGCGAGAAGAGGAAACAUCACAGGUGGAUGCCGAUGAUGAGGCUGAAGUGUCAAUCGCCUCAAAGUCUCUUAAGAAGUCAAAGGCGGACAAAUUGAAGCAGGCAGACAUUGACACCAUCGAAUUGCUCGAUGAGAUCAAUCCCAAUGUCAAGCCGCACAAGCGCACAAAACUCGACUCGAUGGAGCUCUCCGAGUCGGAACUGAGCUGCAGCGUGUGUAGCAAGGUCGUUGGCUCACGCAAGCGUCUCGAUGCGCAUAUCCUUAAGAAACAUACCAUAAAACUAACGUGUCCCAAUUGCAAAGUGGUCUACACCGACAACUUGGAGUACGUGAAACACUUCUCCUUCUGCAAUGCUGUGGAUGGUCUGCCGUGCGGCAUCAAGAACUGUGAAAAGGUCUUCGCCGCGGCCAAUUUCCUAUGCUCCCACUUGAAUAAGAAACACAAAAGCACACAAUUUUAAAGUGGUUCAGCUGGCCUUAAAGAAUGCUCCAAUGACUGAAUAUUUUAUUUUGUAAUUUUUUUAAGAAGAUGAAAC